AUGUCUACUGGUAGCCAAGGAACUCGGAGAGCGUAUAUCGCCCUUGGGAGCAACGUAGGCGACAGACUUGACAUGAUCGAGAAAGCGUGUCUGGCCUUGGAUCAAGAGUCUGGGAUCAAGGUCACGCGAACAAGUUCUCUUUACGAGACUGAGCCGAUGUAUGUUGAGGACCAGGCUCGGUUCCUCAAUGGCGCCUGUGAAAUAGAAACCACACUGGAACCAAUGGCUCUCCUGGAUAGACUCCAAUAUAUCGAGAACGAUCUAGGGCGUGUGAAGCUCAUCGACAAAGGGCCCCGAAGCAUUGACCUAGAUAUAUUGCUCUACGAAGAUGAAGUGAUUGACACCGAACGGUUGAAGAUCCCGCAUAUUCUGAUGCUGGAAAGAGAGUUUGUGCUUCGUCCGCUUUGCGAACUUUGGGUCUCAUUCUAUCUCAGCAUUAUCCCGGACACGAUACCGUCAAUUGGCCAAGCACGUGUACCUCUAGCGCAGAGUUUACGCAAGCUAGCAUCUUCUCUGUCAACGCCCGUAUCAACCACAACAAGCAUGGGAGAAAAUACAUUCUCGAUACGUGCACUAGAAAAUACACGACCUACGCAUGUCAUGUCCAUCCUUAACACAACGCCCGACUCGUUUUCGGACGGCGGUCAGAACUCACCGACGGACGAAACAGCACUCCGGAACACCGUAUCAGCGCAUAUAAGAGCGGGUGCUACUAUCAUCGACAUAGGUGGACAAUCGUCUCGGCCCAACGCUCCCGAUGUGACAUCGGAAGAAGAAAUUCAGCGCGUCCUUCCUGCCAUCAAGAUCAUCAAGUCUCUACCAGAAGGAUCCAAUAUUUGCAUCAGCAUCGACACCUAUCGUGCAAAAGUAGCUGAGAAGGCCAUCGAGGCAGGAGCGCACAUAAUCAACGACAUAUCUGGAGGUCUACUGGACGCGAAUAUGCUCCCCACAGUCAGUCGUCUAGGCUGUACUGUGUGCUUGAUGCAUAUGCGCGGCACUCCGGCGACCAUGACCAGCGCAGAAAACUGCUCUUAUCCAGAUGGUCUGAUACCAACUAUAGCCAAAGAACUCUUAGAUCGCGUCCGGGCAGCAGAAGAGGCUGGCAUUCGUCGCUGGCGUAUAGUGCUUGACCCAGGUAUCGGGUUUGCGAAAACGACCGAACAAAACCUGGAGAUUCUCAGGAGCAUGAACGAGCUCAGGAGUUGGCCUGGCUUGGUAGGCCUCCCCUGGCUCUUGGGUAGUAGCAGAAAAGGCUUCAUCGGAAAGAUCACUAAAGUGAAAGAAGCGAAGCAGCGCACAUGGGGUACGGCUGCAACAGUAGCAGCAGCGGUCCAGGGUGGAGCAGAUAUUGUGCGUGUGCACGAUGUGGACGAGAUGGUCAAGGUGACCAGGAUGUCUGAUGCGAUCUGGAGAGCAUAG